UGUAUUGUUGGCGCACUCCGUCUGGCUGGACGAAAGAUGGACGCCGUUCUGACGUUCCACUUAGCAGUAGUCUUCAUUCGCGACGGUUUGUCAGCGAAAAAGUGAAAUACACCUCAGUGUCUUCAAAAUCUCAUUCAACAUAUCUACGAAUCUCAAGACGAAUCUUCGUGAAAAUUUAAGUUAAGAAUAUGUCAUCGUCCUUCUUCUUCUACUCGCUCACGUACAUUCUACUGUCGGCUUGUAUCAUCUAUCCUCCCAAUGAAUUUGUUUCGGCUGGACUGACCGUAAAGAGUAUUUUCGCGGAAUUGCUGGGCAGCGAAUCUGAAACUUUCGUACAGUACCAUAUCAGACGGAGUAUCGCUACUUUGCUCAUCCACUCGGUCAUUCCUUUUGGUUACUUAUUGGGAUUGGUAAUGACAGGAAAUGUUGAUGCGGUUGAAGUUAUAAUAGGUAAUGAAAAUCCAUGGUGGAUGGUCCUCAUUGCUUGCUCUCUUGUUGGUCCACUUUUUGCACUGUACAAAGUAUUACAAUGGUCGUCGAAUGACUGGGAAACACAUCCUAUUGCUCGGAGUCUGGCUGUUUAUUGCAAUAAUAAUACAACAUGGCUAUCCGCAGCAUCUGAUAUAAACAUAGAAUUUAGAAGGAUAGAUAAAAUUGUCAUAGACACAAAUAGCAUUACAAAAAUUGUUGCUACGGAUAACUGGAUCAUUAAAGUUUCACCUUAUAAAUUAUACUUUGCACAUCAAAGUGAUACAGCUCUAGUUUUAAAUAGAAGUGAUACACAUGCCUUCUCACAAAGUACAAGAACAGAAGUUCAAUAUGUGAAUAUAGCAGUAAUCCCAACAAGAGCAGGUGCUCAACCAUUCAACAUAAGAUUGAAUGCCUUGGAUUUCAAAGAUUUGCAAGACAAGGUAUCUCGACCCAUUAAAGUCUUGGACAGUGUUGUAUUUCACAGAACACUGCUGGACAGAUUUAUAGACACCUUCAAAGAGCAGAUAGCACAAAAUCCAGAAUACGAAACUGCUCAGGAGUUAGAGCAAUGCGUGGGUUGUAUGCAAGCUUUUUCGAACGUCAAACUGAACAAGCUUUGCGCCUUACCAGACGAUCUGCUUCAGCCCAACCCUUGCGUUGUUUGCUAUUGCCGUCCAAUGUGGUGCGUCGACUGUAUGGCAAAGUGGUUCGCUUCUAGGCAAGACGAAUCCGCGCCUGAAACUUGGCUGUCUUCUAAGUGUACUUGUCCCGUGUGUAGAGCGAAGUUUUGCGUGCGGGACGUGUGUUACGUGAGAGUAACGAAUCCGUGAUACAGCGAAUUUCUCGCUUAGUUUUUAUGCAUAUCGGAGUACUUUUUAUUAAUAUGUAUUAUAAUGAUACUGUAAAUACUGCCAAAAUUUGUACAUUUUGCUUGAUGCGUGGUUUGAGUGCAUUAUCGUUAAUAAAUUAUUAAUUUUUUACGAUUAUUACACAA